GGCGGCGAGACUUUUCAGUUUUCACCUUCGCCACAAAAAAGAGAGUACAGAUCAGGAAGAUCUUUGCACGCGGGACGCGGCUAUCCUAUCAAAGCAGCCAAAAAGGAAAGCAUAAGGAAAAACAACAGAACUCGGGGCCGGAAUUUUAUGAAGACUCCAUCGGUUCGCCGUGCCUCCCAGACUUCAAUCGCCGGCGGUUGCCGUUUCCACAACACCUCCUGCCGCUAAUCUUCUCCAAAGGCGGGGGCUUCUUAUAACGGUAUUAAGUGCUUGGAUAUACUUGUUUACACCGACGCUUUCCUUUUCUAUCUGUCGGUUUUAUGGCUCUGUAUCCACUUCGGCUCUUUCUAUACUGAAGAGAUUCAUUCUUGCGGAUUUGAUUUUGCACUUUCUAAUGUUUAGAUUCCGUAUUCUGAACAAAUCAUUAGUGGGAUUAAUGGGUUUCGAGCAUCUAAUCCUAGGAAUUUGAUUAUGCUGACGAAAGGGUGUUCCAAUUUUCAAUCUGUUGCAGGCUUGUUGAGCUAGUUACACGACGAAGGAAGGAACAAGAAGCAGCAGAAGAGAAUCAUGGAUGCCCUUAGAGAAUCACACGUUCAGCAAAAGAAGAUGCGCCGGUUACUGCUCUUCCCUACUCCACUACAAGGCCAUAUCAACCCCAUGAUUCAGCUAGCUCACAUCCUCUAUUCCAAGGGUUUCUCCAUCACCAUACUCCACAACAAUUUCAACUCACCGGAUCCUUCCAAGUACCCAUUUUUCACAUUCCAUCUGAUCCCGGAAGGGUUAUCCGAAAAUGAAUCGUCUUCCAUGGAUGCUACAUCUCUCAUUGGACUCUUCAACGAGAAGUUGGCCGAGACAUUGCAAGAGCACUUGUCAAUUUUACUUUCUGAGAACACAGAUGAGCCCGUUGCUUCUUUGAUUGUGGAUGCUAGUUGGCAUUUCACUCGGGGGAUUGCAGAUGCUGCUAAGCUCCCUAGGUUUGUGUUACGCACGAGUAAUGCUUGUUCCUUCCUUGUUUACAAUUCGUUCCCCCUCCUCCUGCAGAAAGGUUACAUGCCUGUCAAAGAAUCUCGGUUAGAAGAGCUUGUCCCGGAGCUCCCGCCGUUGAAGGUGAAGGACUUACCAGAGAUCAAGAUGAAAAAGCCUGAGGAUUUCUUCUAUCUGGUUGCUGGCAUGAUUAGGACGGUCAAUGCUUCCUCGGGUCUCAUCUGGAACUCGUCUGAAGACUUGGAACAAGACGCCCUGAUGAAGUGUCGCCAAGUGUUUAAUGUCCCUAUCUUCAACAUAGGCCCCUUUCACAACUACUUCCCACCUAGCAGCUCACCAGCAGAAUCUCAGGACUCCAUUUCCUGGCUAGACACACAAGCUCCAAACUCGGUAAUCUAUGUGAGCUUUGGCACCAUGGCAGUUCUGACUCAAACCGAGUUCCUGGAGAUUGCAUAUGGCCUGGCGAAUAGCCAGCAGCCGUUUCUGUGGGUGGUUCGACCUGGAUCAGUGCAGGGAUCAGAAUGGUUGGAACUCUUGUCCGAUGAGUUUCUCGAGAAGGUAUGUGGAAGGGGAGAAAUUGUGAAAUGGGCGCCACAGCAGGCUGUGCUUGCUCACCCCGCGGUUGGUGGGUUUUGGACGCACUGUGGAUGGAAUUCGACGUUUGAGAGCAUUUGUGAAGGGGUUCCAAUGAUCUGCCACCCCUCGUUUGGUGACCAGAAGGUGAACGCAAGGUAUGUAAGUGAUGUUUGGAGAGUUGGGAUUCACUUGGAGGAUAAGAGGGAUAGAGCUGCGAUAGAGAAAGCAAUCAGAACGCUAAUGGUAGAGGAUGAAGGGGUAGAAAUAAGACGGAAAAGCCUCGCUUGGAAGGAGAAGAUUGAUGGUUCUCUUAAGCAAGGCGGAUCGUCGUACCAAUGUCUGGACAGCCUGAUCAGCAGCAUAUUGUCGUGCUAGGGUAUGCCAUCUCCACUCAUUGACUAGCUAGUAAUUGUUGUAUGUUCUUGAGUUUCCUCUCCCUGAAACUUAGCUCGGGCUUAUGAACUGAAGCUUAAUACUUAGGAUAAAUCAUGGGUAAACCA